CAUCAUGCACUCAGCCAUGCCACAACUGCUGGCUCCCCUCCAAGAACAUGCAUCCCUACAAGCCUUGUCACUCGUCCUCGUCUUCCUCCUCAUCACCGUACGCCUGGCGACGUCGAGGUCACGAACAGGGAGGCUCCUCAACAAGCUCCCUUCGCCUCCGUCCAGGCUCCCCAUCAUCGGACACCUCCACCUCGUGGGCUCCCUCCCACACGUCACCCUCCGUGACCUCGCCCGGAAGCAUGGCCCGGACAUGAUACUCCUCCGCCUCGGCGCCGUCCCGACGCUCGUGGUGUCGUCCCCUUGCGCGGCCAGGGCAGUCCUGCGCACGCACGACCACCUGUUCGCAUCCCGGCCACGCUCCGCUGUGGGGGACAUCCUCUUCUACGGCAACACCAACGUCGCCUUCGCCCCCUACGGCGACUACUGGCGUCGGACCAGGAAGAUCGCCGCCGUGCACCUCCUCACCGUCAGCAAGGUCCGGUCCUUCCGCCCCGCCCGGGAGAACGAGGUGCGGCUGGUCCUUGCUAGGAUGAGGGCCGUCGCCGCAGCGUCCUCGGCGGUGGACCUCAGCGAGGUCCUAAGCAACUUCUCCAACGACGUGGUCUGCCACGCCGUGGUGGGCAGGCUGCCGAGGGAGGAAGGCCGGAACAAGCUGUUCCGGGACCUGUUCAAGACCAACUCCAUGCUCCUGUCGGGGUUCAACUUGGAUGACUACUUCCCGGGCUUGGCUAGGCUUGGCUUGGUGAGGAGGGUCGUGUGCGCCAAGGCCGUGAAGCAAAGGAAGAGAUGGGACGAGUUGCUGGACGAUCUCAUCGACAAGCACGCCAGCGAGAGGGUGCUGUCUGAUGAAGAGUCUGACUUCAUCGACGUGUUGCUGUCCGUUCAAGAGGAGUACAACCUGACGAGGGAGAACAUCAAGGCAAUACUGAUGGACAUGUUUGAGGCUGGGACAGACACAACCUACAUAUCCCUAGACUAUUGCAUGGCUGAGCUGAUGCGGAAACCCCAAGUAAUGGCCAAGCUGCAAGCUGAGGUGAGGAGUUGCACAGCCAAGGAGAAAGAAUUGGUCACCGAAGAUGACCUCAGUAGCAUGAGCUACCUGAGUGCGGUAAUGAAAGAGACGUUCCGGCUACAUCCCUCGGGAUCUCUACUGUUACCCCACUUCUCCACGGCCGACUGUGACGUAGAGGGCUACACCAUACCCUCAGGGACGCGCUUGCUCGUCAACGCGUGGGCGCUAGGCAGGGACACUUCCAGCUGGGGUGAGGAUGCGGAGGAGUUUAUACCCGAGCGGUUCAUGGAUGGAAAUCUGGAGGCUGAUUCUGACUACCAGGGUGGCGACUUCCGUUUCUUGCCGUUCGGUUCCGGGCGAAGGAUAUGCCCAGGUAUAAACUUUGCGACCAUGACUUUUAAACUUAUUGUGGCAAACCUCGUCAACCACUUCAACUGGGAGCUGCCGCCGGGAUCACCAGGCGUUGAUAUGACGGAGGUGUUUGGGAUGGAUGUGCACCGGAAGGAGAAACUCCUCCUUAUCCCACGUGUGUCGAAUGACUUCUAGAUAGAUUUAUUGGUGCGCAUAAUAAAUAAUCUGCCAUUUUACUACGUACUUGAUUUGUAUCGUUGAAACGAUUUUCCAUUUGCCAUGCACCGAUGUGCAAAUAAUAUCUUCAGUCCGAACAAGUGCAGUUGUUCAUUUGAUACUGUAUCUAUUAUUUCAGUUCCAUCUGGUGUGUAUAAAGUUUUCGGGACUUAUUCAAUGCAGUCCAAAUCAUUCAAUACAGUCGGUUGUAAUCUUA